AUGGACGAAGACUCUUUGAUCGUUGUCCCCAAGAUUGAGAGAACUGGAUUUGAGGAUUGCCCAAGAUGUCGGCUAGGUGAAUUCGAAAGCAGUUUUCGCAUCUCUGUCAAGAACAGUUCGCAUGCUCCAUCACACAUCUUUCAUGUGCACAACAACGAAGGCUUUCAAUCUAUCAUGAUGAGACUAUGCGACGAGUUUCCAAGGGAUUGGCUCAAGGGCGUGGUCUAUUACUUUUAUAUUGAUCUCGGUGGAUUAUACCAUCACAUUGAAGAUCCCAGUUGGUUGAAAGAUAAAGACAUUCUCAUUGUCACCACUGUUGAAGACUUGGAAGAGCUACCUUCAAUCAGUCUUGCUGCCGUUCAUGCUUCGCUGAGACAUGAUGUAGAGCUGAGAGAUCAUCAAAUUGAAGGUGUCAACAGAAUGAUCCACUUGGAAAAGUCCCAAAGAGGCGGUAUUCUUGCUGACGAUAUGGGCUUGGGAAAGACAAUUCAAACAUUGACCGUUAUCCUACGUCGACAACCUCUUCAAGCCAUUCAUGCUUGUACAUUAGUCAUUGUGCCAUCAAGAGCCCUGGGAGAUCAAUGGGCAGAUGAGAUUCGUACUAAAACAACCUAUGGCAGUUUACCUUAUUUUAUAUAUCAAGAUGAAAACGUCGCACUGAUUGACCAGCCUUGCUUCCGUGUGAUUAUCACCACAUAUGAUAGAGUGAGAGGCGAAUUCAAAAAGAGGGAGCAGGGCAUAGAAAACCAAUCGCCGCUAUUCGACAUUGAUUGGCACCGUAUUGUGCUUGAUGAAUCACACAAAGUGAGAGCAAGAACUAUGCUUGCAAACGCAGUAACAUCGCUGAAGGGCAAAUUCAAAUGGUGUCUAUCAGGAACACCCUUCCAAAACGACAUUACAGAGCUGUACCCUAUUUUUGAAUUUUUAGGCAUUGAAUUAGAUCCAAAGCGAAAAGCUGAAGAGGAGUAUGUCACUGAUGUACUCAAAUGCCACAUGAUUCGACGCACCAAAGCCAUUUUACACAAGGAACUCACCAUCUUACCAAGACAAGAACAACGUUUCACACUGGAGUUCAGUCCUCCCGAAAGAGCUUUAUAUGAAUAUCUGGAGCGCUUGCUAUACCACCAAAUUGCCCUGAUGAGAACCAAGGGUGACCGUAACCAUCAUGUUGUGUCUGCUGCUAUUCUCUAUCUACGACUAAAACAAGUCUGUGGCCAUCAUAUGAUUCUAAUGGACAAGUUUCCUGAUUUGAUUCCAAUGGCUGAUGCGGGUGCUGAUGACGAAGUUGCCGCUGCAAUGGGCGAAGGAGAUAUUCCAAGAGAGAGAAACUACUGGGACGAAGCUACAGAGUAUGAACAAGCUAUGGAGAUUAUUGCCAGUUAUCAUGAUCAAUACGGAAAUUUGCAGGAUCCCAUCGAUUCCUCUCAACUACAAAAGCUGAAAUUCAUCAAGCACUCUACUAAAGCUACUUGGUUGGUAUCGUUCUUGAAAGAGCUACUUGCUGCUGAUCCAACAGAUAAAAUUGUGGUGGUAUCACAGUUUGUGGAUGUUAUCAUCAAAAUUGCCGAAUUACUCACUACAACAAGACUUCCCUUUGCUACAUACCAUGGCUCCAUGUCCAACUACGCUCGCAAAAUAGCAUUACAAAAGUUCAACCACGACCCUCGUUACCGUAUCAUGAUUAUGUCUCUGAAAGCUGGUGGCGUUGGUUUGAAUCUUCAAAGAGCAAACCACAUGAUUAUUCUUGACAGAUGGUGGAACCCUGCCACUAUGGAUCAAGCCGUCGCUCGAAUUCAUCGAAUGAAUCAACUAAAAGAGACCUAUAUCCAUACAGUAGUCAUCAAAGAUACAAUAGAGGAGAGUUUAAUGGAUAACAUCUUGGAUAAAAAGAAUGCUUUGUUCCAUAAAAUUGUCGAAGCUGAGCUUGACAAGGAAGAGGAUGAUUUCAAGGCUGACCCUGUUAAUGAGAAUGAGCCACUCUUCAAAUUGGAUAAGGGCAAGAGAAGAGCCGAUUUGAAGGAGGAAUUAUAUAUUGAGGAUUAUGACGAUCUACAAGAUUUUGAGAGCAUUCCCUUUGCUCUCAAGAAGGAAGAAAAUCAUGACAUUGAUUUUUUUGCAAUGGAGCAAAUUAUGCCAAAGAACAUGGUUAGAAGACUGGAUAAAAUUGAAUCCCUUGAUAAUGAUACGAGUAUCCUCUCCAAGAAGCGUAAGAAGAGAGAACCUCGCGCUUAG